GCCCCGCCCCUGUGCGCGCUCUGCUCGGCAGCCGGCGGGACGCGGCGGCGGUGCUGCCCUCGCUCCUUUGUGCUCGGACGGCGGCGGCGGCCUCUCGGGUCCUGACUGGCGUGUCUUCUCUGCUCGCCAGCCCGCGCUCUCCGGUGACGGACCAUGUCGGCGGCGGGAGCGGGCGCGGGUGUGGAGGCGGGCUUCUCCAGCGAGGAGCUGCUGUCGCUCCGCUUCCCGCUGCACCGCGCCUGCCGCGACGGGGACCUGGCCGCGCUCUGCUCGCUGCUGCAGCACACGCCACGCGCCCACCUGGCCGCCGAGGACUCCUUCUACGGCUGGACGCCCGUGCACUGGGCCGCGCACUUCGGCAAGGUGGAGUGCUUAAUACAGUUAGUGAGAGCUGGAGCCGCACUGGAUGUCUCCACCACCCGUUACGCACAGACCCCAGCCCACAUCGCCGCUUUUGGGGGACAUCCUCAGUGCCUCGUCUGGUUGAUCCAAGCAGGAGCCAGCAUUAACAAACCGGACUGUGAGGGCGAGACUCCUAUUCACAAGGCGGCUCGCUCUGGGAGCCUGGACUGCAUUAGUGCCCUGGUGGCUAACGGGGCUCAUGCCGAAUUUAUUUCACAGAGCAGUGUAUUUUCUUGUCUUCCAGGGGAACUUCAACGUGGAGUUGCUUUUGUUCCCUCAGUUUUAAUUCAGUGUUUUUGUGUCGUACAGCCUGAGAAAUGCCAGUGGCCUGACGGCAGCAGACAUUGCUCAAACCCAGGGUUUCCAAGAGUGUACCCAGUUUCUCUUGAACCUCCAGAAUUGUCAUCUGAAUCCUUUCUAUAACGGUGGCCCCUUCAAUGGGGGCCAUCCGAAUGUAUUUCCUAAUCACAUUAGUGUGGGAACAAAUCGCAAGAGAUGCUUGGAAGAUUCGGAACCCUUUGGAGUAAAGAAAGCUAGAACCACAGGUGAGACCACUUUGUGGGUGGGAAAGAGCAAACUUGUUUCCUUUCUUUAACAUGUUUUCUUUUUUAUGGCUGAAAGCACCUUCGAGACGACUCCUUCACGUAAGGGGUACUGUGCCCGGAGGACUCUGGUGCAGUGAUGGAGGAGUUUUUCCUGUGUUGCCACUUUGAAGAUUGGCCAUUUAACGAAAGGGGAGGAUAUGAGAGGGCAGUGUUGACAGCUGAAGUGUAAAUGUGUGUAUAUAACUUUCUGCACACCCAGGUUUACCUGCCAUGAAUUAGAUUUUUCUCGUUUGUUGUUCCUGUUUGAAAUACAACUAUUAAAAAAAAAUCUGCCCCUGUGCCUCAUUUUUUUUUUCCUGUGAAUUUUCCUGGGCUUACAACAAUUGUUGGUCUGAUAGUAAAAUAUAAUUUCACAUCUGGGAAGGUAGAUGUUUGCAUUGGACACAGUGUGGUGUGUGUUUGUCACAGCAAGGCCUGGUGUGCCACUUUGACAUUGAGGACUUACGUCUCUAAGGUAAGUUACUUUAGUUUUAAGUGUUCUUCCACCUUUUUAUCUUUAGAUGGUUUCGGGGUUUGUAAAUAAGCAGAGUCAGCUAGUCACUCUUUAUGGUUGAGGAAAAAACUCUCCCUUUCAUUUAGGGGGAAAAAAUUAAGAAUUACUAGCUUGGCAGGAAUAUUUAGCAAACUUACAUGGAAAGGGAAAUUUAGAGAUGACGGUGAAAAGUAAUCAUGGUGAAAUUAUGCACUCAGAUAACUUUGCCGGAGAUAACUACAAAGUUGUGCCCUUUGGCUUUAAAAAAACAACAACUAUACAUGUAUAGUCUGAGCAAAACCCGAGUGGCUAGAUUCAGUUGACUUUAAUGUGUCAGCUUUAUCCUCUUCCCAGUGCUGUGCCUCUUUUGUGUAACUGGAGUCUAUCCAAACAAAAACAUUUCUCCUACAGAGUCAGUAAAAUUGUAUCAUCUCCUUCACAACUUUUAAAAUGUUGGUCAGUAUAAAAACUUGUGAUUAUGUGACUUUUCUAUAGAAAUGAAUGUAUGAACUUAAAAGUAAUAGUUUCUCAGAUUCAUAGCUUUUGUAAGUUACGGGCCUAAUAGAUUUUAGAAAGGUAUAAAAAUCACAUGCACAACCUGAAGGUAUGUCUAAACUUCAAAAAAUAUUCCUUGUUUUGUUCAAUGCCUGGUUAAUAAUUUCGGGAUGGUAUUGUUAGCUUCACUCUACGACCUCAUGCAAGAAUUGGACGGGUGUCCAUAUCAUGUUAGUGUAUAGGAUAAAUCUUAAAUUCUGUUUAGUUUUUUAAUAAGGAUGUCACUUAACAUUCUAAGAAGACUCUAAUGUACCUAAAGAGUUUUAAACUAGUCUCAUCAGGUUUUAAGUUGGGUUGAAUUGGCCAGCAUCUUCUUAUUGAAGUAUCUCUUUCAUGCCUUUCCAAGGAUUCCUAAAACUUAAGAACUUGUUUCCUAGACCCUGGGGGUGCACAAAUAGGGCUUGAAUAAUCAUGCAGGUAUUUGGGAGAUUUUAUUCUCCUCCUCUAGACAGGGAUUCAUCUUGGCUGACUGAGUUAGAGAUUGGUGUUUUGCACAUGAAACUCACAGUGCAGCUUUCCCAAAGUGCCCAUCCCUUAGUGCUCAGGUUGAGGAUGCCAGUUGAGAAGAAAAUGGGGUUGCAGCCUGGCGUUUGAGUUUGCAGGGGAUGAUUACGCACACCUAAGCCUCAGUGCUGCUCCAGUGCACGUGGAGAGAGCGGGGGUCUUCUCACCCUCAGCACGUGCGCCUGACUUCUCAGCUCCUGUUUCCGGGCCCUCGCGUGGCUACUGGCCCCUGAGGUUCAGCCCACACGUCACUCAGGAUUGUGCAUAUGUGUGGAUGCGCGUGCAGAACAGAUGGGCCUUCGUCCCACCCUUGCCGCUGCACUCCUUUUUCUUUUCUCUGGGAGAAGGUUUCUCUUUUUUCUUUUUGCCACAACAUACUGUGAAUGGGGUAUUGGGGCAGUAAUCCUCAAUUACUAAAACAAGGUUUUUCUUUCCAACUGCCUGAAUUUUCUAAGUGAAAUAAUAGUUGGCUUCAAUAGCUGUAUAGUUAUUUACAUUCUGUGACUGGGGUUUUUUGGUAUGUGUGUGGGUUUUUUUUGUGUGUGUGUAUGUUGCUUUAGUUCAUUUUCAUUUAAUUUCUGACAUCUUGUUUUGAUUUGCUGUAUAAAUGUGUGAGCUUGAGGUUUUGCUCAUUCUGAAUUACUCAUUUUGUAGAUAAGUUUUUAGUUCUAAUGCCAGAGUAAAAAAAUAUGUGUUUACUCCCUUGUGUAACAUAUGCAUAUAAAAUACAUCUUUGAAUAACUUCACAUGUAAAAGUAUUUAGAGAAAUUUUAAAUCUUUUGCGGGGAGCGCAAUUUAAGUUUGCUGUUUUAAAAAGAGAUGCCUGGAAUAAUGGCAACAUAAAUGCAUAGCGUGGACCUUAUCAAUAAGCUUAGUCUAUUCUGUCUUACUAGAAUUUAAUAACUACACAUAUUGAUGUUUUUAGUGUGGAAUAUAUAUUCACAAAAGCAAUCACUUUCAGAAAUUUUUCUGGCUAAGCCAACUCUUAAAGAUGUAUGUGUCCUGUAAAAUUGACUCUUUAAGUUUGGAAUCACGAAUGUGAAAGUUAACCUACUCCUCUCCAUAGAGAGUAGGAUCUCUCUCAAUAAACUGUUUUCAGAUA